CUCUGAAAAACAGGAAGCACCAGAAGUCUUCCACCUGCGUGGUUUUGUUUCGCGUGGGAUAUUGAGGGUCAUAUUGUCCUCCCCCUCCAGACACUACGCCAAAACACGUCACUCGUUAGAACACGCCGACGAGACUCUGCCGACGUCCGGCCAUUUACUCGUUCGUGUGCGGUCCGUUCUUCACAAGUUAACCAGAGAUGCAGUGUCCCAGCUACUCUCCAGGCAUGCCCAACAAAGAGCAGGGGCACAGAAAAUAAGAGCCUUCAGGAAACAGCAGGUCCUUAUGGUUGAGGUGGAGUGUGGCGCCCCUUGCCAUGCCUCCCGCCAUGACGGACCUCCUGGACAUGUGGGCGGCCCACUCGCCAUUGGCCGGCCACGCCCCGGACCUGGUCACAGUGGAUUUCCUGCUGCCCACUGGUAUGUACAUCCAGAUGGAUGUCCCCCGCGAGGCCACCAUCCAGCACAUCAAACUGCUCUUAUGGAAGCAGGCUCAGUCUUACCCACUGUUCUCCGCUCUGGGGGAGAUGGAGGGCCACAUGUUCGAGUGUGUCAACCAGGCGGCUGUGCACGAGGAGUUGGAGGACGAGACACGGCGGCUGUGCGACGUACGCCCCUUCCUGCCCGUGCUCAAGCUUGUGACGCGAAAUUGCGGCCGUGCUGAGCGUGUGCUGGACUCCAAGAUCGGUGUGCUCAUCGGAAAGGGUCUCCAUGAGCUAGAUGCUCUACAGGACCAGGAAGUGAAAGACUUCCGCAGUAAGAUGUUCCGUAUCAGCGAGGAGCGAAUGCAGCAUGUCCAGAUGAUGACAUGGACAGAGUGGGUGCAAGCCUGCUUCUCACCCCAGCUGCAGUCAACAACAGGAGUAACGAUCACUGACAAGCCUAAUGAGCAGCCCGCAGACAUCAAGGUCAUCAUCCACUUUGACCAGUCUCAGGACACAGCUAGUCUGAAGGUAUCACCAUCCUGCAGCCCCAAUGAACUAAUGGAACAAGCACUGAGGAAGUGGCAGACCACCCACGGGCCCGAAGAAGAGGUGCAGCGAGGCCAGUACAUACUGAGGGUCAGCCAGCGUCUAGAGUUCUUCUGUGGUGACCACCCACUCAUACAGUACAAGUAUAUUCAGAUCUGUAUGCACACAAAGGAGUCGCCCCACCUCACUCUGGUCCACACCAGCGCUGUCAAGGCCAUGUUCGACAAAGAGAUCUCUGCUAUCGGAACUGUGGUCAGCCGCAAGUCCUCCAACCCACCCUUACCCCUACCUCCCAAAAGAAGGGCACCCAUGCAGCAAGUACAGACGUGUGUGUGGGAUGUGUCUAGCCAGUUUAAGAUAGUCCUCCUAAAAGGCAGCAAAGUGAAUGCAGAGGAAACUGCCAAGGUUCAGGUGAGGGCAGGUCUCUUCCAUGGCACAGAACUGCUGUGCAAGCCGGUGGUGAGCAGCGAGAGCAGUGGUCGCUCUGAGCACAUGUGGGCUGACGGCACACUGGAGUUUGACCUCGCCGUCAGUGACCUGCCACGCAUGACUCGCCUCUGUUUUGCUGUCUACGCUGUGAUGGACAAGGUCAAGAAGCAGAAGUCUACAAAGAAUGCCCACCUCAAUAAGUACCAGACCAUCCGCAAGGCUGGAAAAGUGCACUACCCCAUAGCCUGGGUUAACACCAUGGUGUUUGACUACAAAGGCCAGCUGAGAACAGGAGAUAUCAUCCUGCAUAGCUGGUCCUCCUUUCCUGAUGAACUUGAAGAGAUGCUGAAUCCCAUAGGGACCGUUCAGACCAACCCAUACACUGAGAAUGCUACAGCCCUGCACAUCAACUUCCCUGAGUAUUCCCCACACCCCAUCGUCUUCCCUCCCUUCGACAAGAUACUGGAAAAAGCUGCAGAGAUCGCCAAAGCAAAUGACUGUGUAUCCAUGGGUCGUGGAGGUAAGAAGUUCUACAUCGAACUGAAAGAGAUCAUGGAGCGUGACCCGCUCUCCCAGCUGUGUGAAAACGAGAAGGACCUCAUAUGGACACUACGCUACGACUGCCGCGAGAACUUCCCCCAGUCACUGCCCAAACUGUUGCUCUCCGUCAAGUGGAGCAAACACGAGGACAUGGCCCAGCUCCAGGCGUUGCUCCAGAUCUGGCCUACACUGAGUCCCCGAGAUGCUCUGGAGCUACUGGACUUCAACUACCCUGACCAGUAUGUCAGAGAGUAUGCUGUGGGUUGCCUUAGUGAUAUGAGCGAUGAGGAACUGUCCCAGUACCUACUGCAGCUGGUGCAGGUGUUGCGCUAUGAGCCCUACUAUGACUGCGCCCUCACACGUUUUCUCUUGGACCGUGCCCAGCGCAACCGCAAGAUAGGCCAUUUCCUCUUCUGGCACCUCAGGUCAGAGAUUCACAUGCCGGCUGUCUCUGUCCAGUUUGCCCUGAUCCUGGAGGCCUACUGUCGAGGCAGUAUCCCUCAUAUUGAGGUCCUCAAGAAACAGGUGGAAGCCCUGAGUAAGCUGAAGUCAGUUAACGAACUGAUUAAACUGGGAACCAUCAAGAAUGCUCGCAGUAAGACCAAGGAGGCCAUGUUGACCAAGGAAGCCAUGAUGACCUGUCUGAGACAAAGCGGUUAUUCAGAGACACUGUCAGACCUGCACUCUCCGCUCAACCCGAGUGUCCUGCUGUCUGGCAUCAAUGUGGAGAAAUGUCGGUACAUGGACUCCAAGAUGAAGCCGCUGUGGAUUGUUUACAACAACAAGCUGCUGGGGGGAGACACACUGGGUAUCAUCUUUAAGAACGGAGAUGAUUUAAGACAGGACAUGUUAACACUCCAGAUCCUCAGAUUAAUGGAUAUGCUGUGGAAGGAGGCUAAUCUUGACCUCAGAAUUGUGCCUUACGGUUGUCUUGCAACUGGUGACCGUGCAGGGCUGAUUGAGGUUGUGUCAUCAGCCGAUACCAUCGCUAACAUUCAGCUAACCAGCAGCAAUGUUGCAGCUGCAGCUGCCUUCAACAAGGAUGCUCUGCUUAACUGGCUUAAAGAGAAGAACUCUGGAGAUGCACUGGAUCGAGCCAUCGAGCAGUUCACCUUGUCUUGUGCAGGCUACUGUGUAGCCACCUACGUCCUUGGCAUAGGAGACCGCCACAGUGACAACAUCAUGGUCCGCAGCACUGGACAGCUCUUCCAUAUAGACUUUGGCCACAUCUUGGGCAACUUCAAGUCCAAGUUUGGCAUCAAGAGGGAGCGUGUGCCCUUCAUCCUUACACAUGACUUCAUCCAUGUCAUUCAACAAGGAAAGACAAGCAACACAGAAAAGUUUGGCAGCUUCCGUCAGUACUGCGAGUCAGCCUAUCUAGUCCUGAGGAAGAACGGGAACCUCUUCAUCACACUGUUUGCCCUCAUGCUUACUGCUGGACUGCCUGAGCUCACCUCUGUCAAAGACAUCCAGUACUUAAAGGACUCUUUGGCAUUGGGUAAAACAGAUGAAGAGGCUCUAAAGCAGUUCCGCCAGAAGUUCGAUGAGGCGCUUAGAGAGAGCUGGACCACCAAAGUCAACUGGAUGGCCCACAACGUGGCCAAAGACAACCGCUCCUAAAGCAGCCGGGACCCAUAAGGUCGAAGGUCGAGAGGACACACCGAAGGAUUAAGUGGGGGAGGCAAUAUGUGCCAUGGGGACAACCACCCAUAUUUAAAGAAGGGAAUUUGGAUGACCACCCCAAACAUUGUGCAUAGACUCACAUACAGACACAUACAUGUACACUCACAUGCGAGCGCACAGUGUAAGUCUGCGCUUCCAAGCAUUCGGUUGAUCUGUAUCCAUACUUACCCUUCCUUACCCUACAUCAUACUAGCAUGGUGCCUCCAAAACCACCACCAGGCCUUAUGGCACAUCUGCAGAAUCGUAGUGGGUAAAGUGGCUGCAAGUUUUGCACAUACACACAGCAGAAGACUGUGCACACAGCCAAAGGAAGGUGAUGACCCAAGGCUCCCCCGGCCACAGAGAAAGAAAAAAAAUCUCAAGAAAUGAACUGCACCUAUGGAGCUAGGAAUGACUGACGGACUGGGUUAGGGAAAAGGUGCAUUGGGGGGUAAUUGACUUGUGUCAGAAGGACUUCUGGUUUGGCUUGUGUGGACUCUGAGAGGGCCAUGGUCUAACCACAUGGCACCGCCAAAGCCCCCACCCCUGGACUGUUUCGAAGAACAGCUCAGAUAAAAGAUGGGUGUGGAAAAGAUGGAAGUCUAAAAACUUAGGAGGAAAAACGUCUCAGCCCUGUGUCUUAAAAUGAUGCCAAAAUGUGCACAUGCCCACAGAAAGUGUAUCUUAAAUGUUAGUCCCAUGAUGCUUCCUGCAUAUCAUGAACGUGCCUCAAAAUUGCGGCAAGAUUGUAUAUUUAAUUUUUUUUUUCUGUGGUGUCUUUUUUUUUUUUUUUUUUUUUUUGGCAGUUUCAGAGUUUGUCCUGAAAUUUCAACGUGCCAGACUACUUUACUUUUCCACAAAGAGUACUCGUGUGAGAGAGCAAGUAUUUGAUAGAGAAGGAUACUCCAAGCCUCGGGGCUCAAUAUUUACAGCUAAGUGGACAAUUGAACACUGGAAAGAGAUGUAUUAGAAAUUGUAAUUACUGUUGUAAGACAUUUUAAUGAACUAAAAACUUCACUUUAUUUUUUAGCUUUUUUAUUUUUAUUUUGAAAUCUGUGUGUAAUAUGUUUUAUUUCAACUUUAUCAAAUCAAGACGUUGCCAGACAAAGGCUCAUUUCAAAUGUCCUUUGUUGCAAGAUAUCACUACCCUAAAAACUUUAUAUCUUGAAUAAUUUCAUGCCUAAGGAUGCAGGCCUUUCAAAGUACUAUCCAACUCAUUCUAAUAAGGAAAUUUACUGAGAAAUAACUGAAGCACAUAACUUGCCUUUUAGGACCAAAACAUAAAAACAAAAGGUUUAGCUAUUUUAUCAUUUGUUAUUUUUUAAUUAUCUGCUCUAAAACUGAAUGUCUGUGCAAAAUAUGUGCAACUUUUUCUUUUUUUUUUCCCCAGUGUAUUUUUAUUUUAUUUUUUAUGAGCGGAUGUGAGUGGAGUUGGGGGGGACUUUGCGGGAGGGAUUUAUCAUCAGGGGGGAGUUACACUGCAAUGAGAAACAACUUCUAGUCUUGAUAUAAGGUGCUUCUCCAGCAUCUGCAUCUGUGUUUGAUUUUUGUGCAAUAUCUGUAAAUGAGUAUAGGAACCGUAUAUAUUAGUCUAUGAACCCUUGGGCCCAAGUCUAAGCCUAUAAUGGUUGUCACUGUGGGUUUAUGUGUGAUGCUGCUGUAUUUCGCACCGCUAGCCUUCAAAUGCAUCUCAGACACUGGAUAUUGUCAAAUGUACAGGCUUUUAUUGUUUUGCUGGUUUUUGUUUUCAUAGUAAUUUUAUUAAAGUUAUUUUCCA